GAUCAUUUCAGUCCAGUCGGCAGACUCACUCCCUCACUCACUCACUCACACACGCACGCUGUCAGCGCAGGUCUCAGCGGCCAGCGGCUCCACAGCAGCUUAUCGUGUGUUUGUUAUUCGGCAGCGGACUCGACUAACACGCUCGCUCCCUUUUAUUUGCUUACGACCGAGAGAUGUCCAGACAGCUCACCAUGAACCCAACUUUUCUACCUCCUCAAACUCACGGCGUGCUGAAGUCGCUUCUGGAAAACCCAGUGAAACUACCGCUGCACCACGACGACGUUUUUGGCAAGCAAAGAGAGAAGGAGAAAAAGUUGGAGGAAGACCACAGUGUGCCACAGUCUGCUUUCCUGGGCCCAACACUUUGGGAUAAAACGUUGCCUUAUGAUGGGGAUAAUUUCCAGUUCGAGUACAUGAACCUUGAAGAAUUCCUCUCUGAAAAUGGCAUCCCUUCCAGUCCAACGCAGCAUGGCCAAAGCCACCAUCAUCAGCAGCAGCAGCAGCAGCCACAGCAGCCUUGCUUGCAACAGGCCUCAGUCUCAGUCAUGGACCUCAGCAACAGAGCCACCACCUCCAUCCACACAGGCAUGAUCCCUCAGACCUGCCUGCAGACCCCUGGCAGACAAGUACUGCCUCCAUCACGCAACACCCCCAGUCCAAUCGACCCUGAGUCCAUCCAAGUACCAGUGGGUUAUGAACCCGACCCGUCAGAUCUGGCCUUGUCCAGUGUGCCCGGGCAGGAGGCCUUCGACCCGCGCAAGCACAAGUUUUCAGAAGAAGAGCUUAAACCACAACCCAUGAUCAAGAAAGCACGCAAGGUCUUCACUCCUGAGGACCUGAAGGAUGAAAAGUACUGGGCACGGCGUAGAAAGAACAACAUGGCUGCCAAGAGGUCACGAGACGCCCGGCGCCUGAAGGAGAACCAGAUUGCCAUCAGGGCCGGCUUCCUGGAGAAGGAGAACUCGGCUCUCCGACAGGAAGUGGCUGACCUGCGGAAAGAGCUGGGGCGCUGUAAAAAUAUUCUAGCAAAGUAUGAAGCUCAGCAUGGCCCCCUGUGAGUCCAUGGCCUCUCUAAGCUGUCAGGCUCACACAGUCUGAAGGACAAUGCAAUCCGAUAAGGUCCAGUCAGUGUCUGCUCCAGCCAACCUUCACCUCAGUCUGUUCUUGGCACUUUAGAAGGCAGAGUACGUUUAGUGCAUAGACAUGUGGAUAUUCCAUAUUUCCAUUUUCUUUGCCAGUCUGGUUUUUUUUUGUUUGUUUGUUUGUUUUGUUUUGUUUUUCUUAAAGUCCGUCAUAGUCGUUGGAUGCUACCAGGAAAGUUUAUUUCUUAUUAUUGUACAUAUGACUUUAAACAUGUUGUAGCAUUUCAUUCUACCUUUGUAUAAAAUAAAAUGCCUUGUAUUGUUUGUCUUAACUGCUACAUUGUUACAGGUUUUAUGAUGAAAGUGAAAAUGUGCUGCAACCUCAAUAUGUCCAAAUGAAUCCGCUCUCAAACAUUAUGUGUGGCAUGGUAUAUGCGGUACUUAAGCACAGCUACGGUGUUUAGGCUGUAGGCUAGUUUUAAUUCUACCUACAAAGGCCUGUUUUUCUCACAGGAAGAGAAUAGAAUGAAGCAAGCUUAAUAUAUGACAUGGCAUAAAGUGUUUUUGCUUUGUUUGUUUGUUUGUUUUUUAAGAAACACAAAAUAAUAGCCAAAGCAUAACUUUUUACCUAAAUUUCUGAUUCUAGUUGCCAUUGUAUGGUGCACAAGUUUCACUGUCAGACUGUCUUUGGUCACUUUCCUGUUUAUAGCUCUACUGGAUAACAUUGACUUCAGGAAUUUUUAUGUCAGUGUUAGGAAAAAUUGUUUGAUUUGUUUUUGAUGACUUUUGACUAUCAUACAUCAGAAGACACAAUGCUUUUCAAUUGCGUAGACCUUAUUUUGAUCUUUAAUCUGAAUGUUUUGUCCUGGUAUUUAUUUGCUGGCUGACUUUCUUAUUAUUCCUGUAAUAGUCUAAUCAGUGUAUAGAGCUUUGCUCUUCCAAAAAUACAUAUAUAGUCUUUUUUACCCCACUGAUACGUCAAACUGGAUUACUACACCAAACCUGUGGCAAUAAUUUCAUUGGAUUCUGUGUUGAACAUGUACAGGACAUGUGCUAUUGUUGCAGAAUUAUUAUUUGGAAUAUUUUGUUGAUCAAUUCGUUUUUUAACACUGGCCAUUUUCCACACAAUGGCAAUACUUUGGAAAAACUUGAUCAAAGAAAUUACUCAGUGUUUGCCUUUUUGACGCAAUGUGAGAUGAAUGUACAUGUUAGGAUGUAUUUUCUGUUUCUGAAUAAGUCUAUCACUCUUUAUUCCAGACCAAAAGAGAUAUAUAUGUAUAUAUACAUAUAUGUAAUAUAUUGUUAUAUUAAGGUAGAUGUUUUUACAAAGCUAUUAUUGUUUUGUACAGUAUUUUCCUAUAAAUUUCUGAAGACAUGUUUUAAAAAGUGUUUGACUACAUGGAAAAAAAAUGUUUAAAAAUCUCAAGUGUAAUGCUCUAGCUUGCUGGAAUUCUGCAUGGGCAUUAUACAUUUUUAAUCUAAGAGAUUCUUAUAACACAUUCAACUGAAGAGAUUCUUAUAACACAUUCUUUAUUGAACCUCCAUGUGUUGUCAUUCCCUCUGAAAGCCAGAAGGAUAAAUAUGUUUCUGUUUCCUCCUUUCUGUCAGUGCUAUUGGUAGAUUAAGUCCGGUCUGCCCUGUUUCUUGCUGUUUUAGUUCCUCUGAGAGGUGGUAUUAUUGUAUUUGCCAUACGUGGUAAAAGUAGUGAGCGUUGACCGUGAAGAUUUGAUAUGUGACACACAGCACUUAUUCUUUUCUAAAUUUCAGCAUGUUUCAUUUUGAUAGACAUUUUAGAUCAUUUAUUGGCUUUUUAAAAGUACAUUUUGAUGUAUGUGUUGAUUUUUUUCCUUGCUUUUUUUUUCUCAUGACCAAAAUAAAUUGUUUGAAAUGA